AUGACCUCUCGCUGCAGGAAUGCGUUGAACAUCGUGGUCACCACCCUUUUUGCGGCGGUGGUCCUCUUCACCAUCCUUUUAGCCUAUAUAACAGGCUACCAGUUCAUCCAAACUGAGCAGCAUCACCUAUCCUUUGGCCUCUAUGGUGCAUUCCUCUUCCUCCACCUUCUUCUCCAAAGCUUUUUCGCUUUUCUGGAGCACCGGCAGAUGAAAAUUCCCACUCGUCCUCAACAUCUUCGUCGCUCGGUGGCCCUCUGCAUUGCCGCCUACCAGGAGGAUCCCGACUACUUGAGGAAGUGUCUGCGCAGUAUCAGACGGAUUUCUUUCCCAGGACUGAAAGUAGUGUUGGUGGUGGAUGGGAACAAACCAGAGGACCAUUACAUGAUGGAUAUUUUCCAGGAAGUGAUGGGUGGAGCUGACCAGGCAGGCAGCAUGGUGUGGAAAGGAAACUACCACAGUGAUGGAGAUGGGGCUAAAAAAGAUCCAGGAAGCAUAGUUCACAUGGAGGAGGUGAUACGAGUUACUCGGUUGGUUAGAACCUGCCGCUUUUCCUGCAUCAUGCAGGAGUGGGGAGGGAAGAGGGAGGUCAUGUACACAGCCUUUAAAGCGUUGGGGGACACUGUGGAUUAUGUGCAGGUGUGUGACUCAGACACAGUUUUGGACCCAGCUUGUACCAUAGAGAUGCUGAAGGUCUUCGAGGAGGAUGCUGCAGUAGGAGGAGUUGGAGGAGAUGUACAGAUUCUCAAUAAGUAUGACUCCUGGAUCUCCUUCCUGAGCAGUGUGCGGUAUUGGAUGGCCUUUAAUAUUGAGCGUGCCUGCCAGUCCUACUUCGGAUGCGUCCAGUGUAUCAGCGGCCCGCUGGGAAUGUACAGGAACUCACUUCUCCAGCGUUUCCUUGAGGCUUGGUACCAUCAAACCUUCCUGGGCUCCAAGUGCAGCUUUGGCGAUGAUCGUCACCUAACCAACCGAGUGCUAAGCUUCGGCUACAAGACCAAGUAUACGGCACGAUCACAGUGUCAGACCGAAACGCCGACCCAGUACCUUCGCUGGCUCAACCAACAGACUCGCUGGAGUAAGUCCUACUUCCGGGAGUGGCUCUAUAACGCAUUGUGGUUCCACAAGCACAGCCUCUGGAUGACCUACGAAUCUGUGGUCACUGGCUUCUUCCCGUUCUUCUUAGUAGCCACGGUCAUUCAUCUCUUCUACCGUGGAAGGCUGUGGAACAUCUUGCUCUUCUUGUUAACAGUCCAGCUGGUUGGGAUGCUGAAGGCCACCUAUGCCUGUUUCUUACGUGGUAGCCUGGUCAUGAUCUUCAUGUCGCUUUAUUCUUUACUUUACAUGUCGAGUUUACUCCCAGCCAAAAUGUUUGCCUUACUCACAAUCAACAAAGCAGGGUGGGGAACCUCAGGACGCAGAAAAAUUGUGGUAAACCUGAUCGGUGCCAUCCCUGUCGCAGUUUGGACAAUGGUGCUGCUUGGAGGCGUGGUGUAUACAAUUUACUGUGAAGCACAGCAGCCUUUCAGCGAAUUCGAAAAGGUCUUGUUGAUAGCGGGGACCAUUCUAUAUGCCUGCUAUUGGAUCAUUCUGCUGGUGCUUUACCUUGCAAUUGUUGCCAAACGAUGCAACAAGAGGGAGGAGCAGUAUCACUUGCCAUAUGCUGAGGCAUAA